AGUUCUGUUAGUAGCUGUGAGAAGCGGAGCGUGGCUGCAGCUGGGGAGGAGAGCUGAUAAUUUGUAUCACUGAGACUCACCGAGAACCUAGCACCUCAUCCUGACAAAGAAAGUCAUCAUGGAGAAACCAUGUGAAUCCAACGGGCAUGCAGGGAAUUACUCAGACUGUACAGUGUGCCAGGUGGAGGACAGUAAAUCAAGUGGCAAGCCUAAGGAAGGGCAGGGAUGUGCCCAGUUUCUCAAGAAGAAUGCCAUAGUUAUCCUUACUGUGUCUGGGGUGCUGGUUGGGGUUGGUCUGGGCACAGCUGUGAGGGGUAUGAACCUCACCAAGGCUCAGAUGACUUAUUUUGCUUUCCCUGGAGAGAUGCUCCUCAGGAUGCUGAAGAUGAUCAUCUUACCUCUGGUGGUGUGCAGUUUGAUCUCAGGGGCGGCCAGUCUGGACACCAGGUCGCUGGGCAAGCUGGGAGGAAUCGCAGUGGGCUACUUCUUGGUCACCACCCUGAUGGCCUCAGGUUUAGCCAUUGCCUUGGGCUUCAUUAUCAAACCAGGUGCUGGGGCCGGUGCCCUGAACUCUAACGCCCUGGGAAUAGAAGAAACUCUGACAACCAACAAAGAAACUGUGGACUCAUUCUUAGACCUGGCCAGAAACUUGAUGCCUUCUAACCUUGUUGCUGCAGCUUUUCAGUCGUAUGCCACUGACUAUGUAACUCAAACUCGGAACACUACGGAAGGAAUGAUUGUUGAAAAGAUCCCUGUAGGUACAGAAGUUGAUGGAAUGAACAUUUUGGGGCUGGUCUUAUUUGCACUUAUUCUGGGCGUGGCUUUGAAAAAACUGGGUCCGGAAGGGGACGAACUUAUUCGUUUUUUUAAUGCUUUCAAUGAAGCUACAAUGGUGAUUGUGUCCUGGAUUAUGUGGUAUGUUCCCGUUGGCAUAAUGUUUCUUGUCGGAAGCAAGAUUGUGGAAAUGGGGGACAUCGUCCUGCUGGUGACCAGCUUGGGAAAAUAUAUAUUAGCCUCAAUCUUGGGUCACGUUAUUCACGGAGGAAUAGUGCUCCCACUUAUUUAUUUUGCGUUUACACGUAAAAACCCUUUCACAUUCCUAUUAGGGCUGAUCACACCCUUUGCAACUGCGUUUGCAACAUCUUCAAGCUCUGCAACUCUUCCAACCAUGAUCAAGUGCAUCGAAGAAAAUAACGGUGUGGACAAGAGAAUUAGCAGGUUUAUCCUGCCCAUCGGGGCCACAGUUAAUAUGGAUGGAGCGGCCAUCUUCCAAUGUAUGGCUGCCGUUUUCAUUGCUCAAAUGAACAAUGUUGAUCUGAAUGCUGGACAAAUCUUCACUAUACUAGUCACUGCUACUGCUUCAAGUGUGGGAGCAGCAGGUAUCCCUGCAGGGGGCGUCCUAACCAUAGCGAUUAUUCUGGAGGCCAUUGGACUCCCUACCAAUGAUCUGUCAUUGAUUCUGGCUGUUGACUGGAUUGUGGACCGAACUACAACCGUGGUAAAUGUUGAAGGGGAUGCUCUUGGAGCCGGAAUUCUUCAUUAUCUCAACCAAAAGGAAAUUGCAAAGAAACAGCAGGAGCUCACGGAUGUUUACGUCGAGGCUGUGCCCAACUGCAAGUCUGAAGACGAAACAUCUCCCCUUGUAAUGCACAAGGACCAGACUCUAAACCCAUCCCGCGUUACUGUGCCAGAAUCAAAGGAGUCCGUUCUGUGAUGUGCUUCGGAACUUAGCGAUGAGACUUUUUCAGCUACACCAGGCCAUACAUUCACUGCCAUAGCUCCUAGAAUAGGGAAUCGUAAUCCUAUCCUCGAAGAAGCCAUAGGCAACUUGGACUGAUCCAGAAUUAGAGAGUUUACACUAUUCAACGUGACCUUGGCUUAUUUGUAUUAUCAUCUGGCACUUGGUACAAAAAGUCCGGCAAUGUAUAUGCUUGUUUCAAUGGACCCCUGCAUAAAAAGCAUGUUCAUUACUUUCAAAGUGCAAUUAUACAGGGAUCAGAUUGAGGAAAAGGAAGCAGAAUAAGUUGAGUAGAACGUAAUGUUAAUGUAUUCGUGGGCUCUUUUUUUUUUUUUACUAUAUUUCAAAUGUUCUAAUAAUUCUGCAUUGCAUGGUGGGGGGCAAAAUAAAUGUUGUAAGGGGUUUAGUCACUAGACUGUGAAUUGACCACCUGCUUGCAAAAUGUAGCCAAACUAACGGAGCUUGAACAGUAUCCCCAGUUCUGCUGAGCUAACAUUUUAUUUUCAAUUUGCAAUUUUUAUCCUACAUUUUGGAGGUUGGUUUUCAACUAACUAUUCACUAGAGAAUAGAACCCACAAUUUUAUUUUAUUUUUAUUAUUAUUAAUUUUUUGUAUACAAAAAAAAUGACAGGAUGUUUCUGUGCAUGCUGCCAAAAGAGUACAGAAUGAAUUGGGAAUAUUUCAUGGAUACAUAUGAUGUGCUGAUAUGAUGUGACCCCUUCAGGAUUCUCCUAACCCUCUCCCAGGAGGGAUUAAAAGUGUUUAGUAUUGCAUUACAUUACACUACAUUUGUAAAAUAUCUAAACACGUACCUUUUGGGAAAAUGUAUAGACAUUUUUAGAUUUACUUCUCUUUUAAAAAUGUAUUCAUAAUGUGUUACAUAUAUUGGGACAUUUAAACCAAAAAAAAAAAGUUGUCCUUUGAAUAACAACUGCAAUUGUGUUAGGGGCCAAAAUGUAGUGUUUUCUUUUCUUGAA